CCGAGCACAAAGGUUUUGGGGUUCCUCCAAUGAGCCCCAGAAUCUCCUUCUCCAAUGACUUUGCAGAGUCCAGCCAUUCUCAUCAGCAGAGGAUUAUCAAACACGACAGGAACCCUAGAGAUGCUCCAGUGUCCUCGGACUUUGAAUUUUCUGUGGCAAAUUACUCCAUGAUGAGUGCUGAUGAACUUUUUUCCCAAGGUAGGUUGUUGCCAUUCAAGGAAAGUUGCACCAACAAGACCACUCUCAGAGAGGAGCUAUUGGCUGUUGAUGAAGACGAUAGUCAGAUCUCAGUGAGGCCUCCUAAGGGUUCUUCUACAAGGUGGAAGGGGCUUCUGGGUCUGAGAAAAACCCACAUUGGGUCCAAGAAAACUGAUAAGGGUGAUGGGUCUGUAGGACAAAGGUCUGGUUUGGUUCAAGAAGAGACUCAUGCAUGUCAGCAAGGCUUCACAGGGUCUGAACAAUGAUGGAGAUACCAAGUUGCAGGGAAGAGUAGAUUAUGGUUGUGAUGGGAUUGUAGAGAUCAUAAGGGGAACAAUUUUUUUUUUGGAGAGACUUGUUAAUUGUUAUGACUUGUAGUUUCAUCGGAGAUUUGGGUAAAUUUUUUAGCUAGAGCAGUUGUAAUUUGUGUUAGCAGAGA